GGAGCAUAAAGAACCCGACCUAUCAGUCAUCGAUAACCACAUACAAGUUUCAGUAAAUUACAGAUAUCUUGGAAUAUGAUUAAUAAUAACCAAUAAUAUUCAAGGUUAAAAGAAAAAGAAAAAAAAAACCACACUUUGGGGAACAGUAUUAUCCUGAACUCUAUAUAUAUAUAUUGAUCGGGGCUCGGUAAUACUCUACGACUGACUUCUGUGAUGUGCUUCUGUAAAGGAGACGAGCUUCUUCGUUUGCAGCAGAUAUUCUGUACCGGAAGUCGAGCCUAUUGUUAGCGAAAAUUCAACGGUAGUAAAGCCGCACCGUUCACGUGGAAGAACUAAAAAUAAUUUUGUGCGGAUUAAUCAGAGGUAGUCCGGAUCGACAGGGAAUCGGUAACGUUUCAACUACAAACCGCCAUGCUGGGACACGUAAACGGAGAAUUCGUUCACCCGAGGGUAGACGAAAGCCCGAAAAACCCCUUUCAAAGUCACGUCAAAACUCACCGGGAUACCAACGGAGACCACCACGUUAGUGACCAUAAUCCGUACUCGAGCGCCGUUUACGAAGAUGUUAUCAAACGGUGUAACGAACAACCGGAGAAAUUUUGGUCGGAAAUGGCAAAUUGCGUUGAAUGGAGUAGACCAUGGGACAAGGUCAUGGACGAUUCAAAUUCACCUUUCACGAAAUGGUACGUCGGUGGUGAGAUCAACGCGUGCCACAAUGCCGUUGACCGUCAUGUGACCGCAGGACGGGGUGAAAAGGUGGCUCUGAUUCACGACAGUCCACAGACAUCGACCGUUAGAAAAGUCACUUACAACGAACUACUUGAAAAAGUUUCUUUGCUGGCGGGAGCCUUGGCCGAUCUCGGAGUCCGGAAGGGCGAUCGAGUCGUAAUUUACAUGCCUUUGAUACCGGAAACGAUCAUGGCGAUCCUCGCCGCGGCUAGACUCGGAGCGAUUCAUUCGGUAGUUUUUGGAGGAUUCGCCGCUAGAGAAUUGGCAACAAGAGUUGACCACGCUAAACCCAAAGUUCUGAUUUCCGCAAGUUGCGGACUCGAACCGAAUAAACUUAUCAAAUACACCACCAUUCUGCACGAAGCUAUGGAACUGGUUACCGUAGAAAAACCCAAGUGCAUUAUUUUCCAAAGAAAAAACGUCUGGGAAUCCACAGUGUCCAGUAGCGACUUGGACUGGGAUUCGGUUCUCCGGAAUUCUACUCCUCACCCUUGUGUCCCCGUGGAGGCGAAUGACCCCCUUUACAUUUUGUACACCUCAGGGACGACCGACAAGCCAAAAGGUAUACAAAGACCCAUAGGCGGACAUAUCGCGACCCUUUGUUGGACCAUGAAAGCUAUCUACGGAAUGGAUGAAAAUUCGGUUUGGUGGGUCGCAUCGGAUAUGGGCUGGGUUGUCGGUCAUUCUUACAUAUGUUACGGGCCCCUUUUGGCCGGUGUAACGAGCGUCAUGUACGAAGGAAAGCCCGACCGGACUCCAGAUGCCAGCCAAUAUUUUAGGAUAAUCGAACAGCACAAGGUGAACGCUCUGUUCACGGUUCCAACGGCGUUCAGAGUAUUGAGGAGAGUUGACCCCGAGGUAUCGCUUGGAAAGAAAUACAGUACCAAGUCGCUGAGGACGAUAUUCAUAGCCGGGGAGCCCUGCGACCAUGAGACGAAAGCGUGGGCAGAGAACGUGUUCAAGAUUCCCAUAUUAAAUCACUGGUGGCAAACUGAAACGGGACACGCGGUAACCGCUUCCUGCAUGGGGCUUGGUCACUCCACGAACCCACCCCCGUAUGCAGCUGGGAUGCCCUUCGCUGGUUACCAUGUUGAAGUGCUACGCGAAGACGGUAGCCAAGCGAAUACCAACGAACUCGGAAGAAUAGCCAUCAAGUUGCCUCUGCCACCUGGAACGAUGUCAAGUUUGUACAUGGCACCGGAAAGAUUCAAGCAAAUUUAUUUCUCCAAAUUUCCGGGUUACUACGACACCAUGGAUGCCGGGUAUAUCGAUGAAUUCGGUUACGUUUACGUAACUGCCCGCGACGACGAUGUUAUUAACGUAGCUGGGCAUCGACUUUCAACGUCUGCUUUGGAGGACGUCGUCUUGGGACACCCGAACAUCGUUGACGCUGCCGUUGUUGGGGUACCCGAACCCACCAAGGGCGCGAUACCGUUGUGUCUUUACGUGCAGAAGGACGAUAACGUGAGGAAUGAGGAAGAAGUCAAUCAAGAGCUCAUAUCUCGAGUCCGGCAACUAAUCGGGCCGAUUGCUGCCUUCAAAGUCGCCGCCUCCGUCGAAGCCCUACCCAGAACGAGAUCGGGAAAAGUUUGCCGCAAAUCCAUCGCUGACUUAGCGAGAUCAAUGGCUGUUAAGUUGCCGAGCACGAUCGAGGACCCGUCUGUCUACAAGGGGAUCAAAAAAGCUCUGCAGAAGCUCGGUUACGCGUUGAACGCACCUGAUCCAGAAUAAUAAUUUAUAGGAAAUUAACGAAGCUUUUAAUAUUAGGUCGUUCGUAAACUAUUGAUACCUCAGUAUGAAAUAUAUGACGAUUGUAGAUCGAUCAAGCACAACUUAUAAAUGAUAAUAUAAUUGAUGAUGAUAGUAGGUAUAGUAGCGUUAAUUGUGGCAAAAAAUUCUUCGAAGAAAUAAAAAUGAUACUAAUUUUA